GUGUUUUUUUUUUUUCCUAAACAACGUUAUUAGCAUUAUUAAUAUUUAAAUGGCCAAUUAGGCUACACCACGUUAUAAAAUACCGUGUGUAGCUGGUAGACCAAUUCACUAUCUUAUAAAUAUACGUUUCAUCAAUACAUGUUUUAACCGCUGAGUGUCGCUCAUCAAUAAUAUCUAUCCACCCGGACAAACUUCUCCCUUUCAUGCAACGACUUGUGAUUGGUCCGAAUUUAUUUUAUUGCCACCCAGGCCUACCAAUAGACGAUCUCAGUCGGGUGCGAGAAGCAACGAUGCUGUCCACAGAGCUUUCUGACUGUGGGAGGGACGUAGAAUUUCAGGUAUCCUAGUUGUCCCGGGCAAUACCGAGCAAAUGCCGCAGCGACUAGACAUUUAGCCGAAGCGAAGACUUUGCAGACUGCCGACGAAUCACUGGGGACUAAUUAUCGCCUGCAGUAGAAAUAGUUUCAGUUGCCAGACUUCCUUAAUGUAACCAAUGCUGGGAUAAAGUAGUACAGACUAGUAGGGAUAUAUUGAGAAAGGUUAUGAUGCGAUCACAAUAACGGACUAAGUUGGUGUGGUUUUUGUGAUUUCAGUGCAUCAGACGUCAAUGAAAAAUGGAUGAAGGAGGAAUAUGGGGAUGAGGGGAAUUGCCUGAUCUGAGCAGCGCGAGAAGCCACAGAAAUACACCUGCCAGAUAAGGAAACCAUUUGUCGAAUUUGAGAAGUUCAGCAGUAUGGCCUAAUCUAAAUAGCCUAAUUGUUCCAGUCCACACUUCACUGAUCAAGUAACCUACUAAACAGUUGUUUUUUUUUAAUCGGGAAGCUUGUCGCCGUUGAUUUAGGCUUUUUUUUAGAUAAACAGAAUAGUAGGCUAACGAUCUGACGACAGAUGAACUUGACGGUCUGGCCAUGGGACGCGCAAGGACUUAGAAAAAUGAGUAUGUUAAAGGCCCUUGCUGGAAUAUGCUUCCUCCAUCUCACCACGAUUGUCCUCCUCUUCAUUGCCGUCAUUGACGAUGCAUGGUGGUUCACAAACAGCCUGUACUCGGACAUAUGGGGCCGCUGGGUGAUGGAGUUUGAUGAUGAGGUCUGGGUCUACACAGAUCUGCCCAGCUCCUAUCGGAGAGACUACCUAGGUGCGGUGCAGGCAUUUGCUAUACUGGCCUGCAUGUUCGUGGUCUUCUCCUUGUUCGCCUUCAUCUACCAGAUCUUCAUGCUGGACAAAGGGGAGAGGUUCACAAUCACCGGGGUGCUUCAGCUCGUCGCCUGCUUCUGUCUAAUGGUGGCCCUGGCUGUCUACACAGACCACUUCCACAGAGGGGAAAAGGAGGGCUGGUAUGGCUACUCCUACAUCCUGGCCUGGCUGGCCUGGCUCCUGUCCCUCCUCACCGGCGUGCUCUACAUCAUACUGAAGAAGAAGAUGGAGUAGAAAAAACACACACGCACACACACUCACAUACACACACACACACACACACACACACACAC